AUGAUAGUAUCAUACGGCUCGCCCGCGCUGAAGAGGCACACCUCUGUGCUAGCGAAAAGGUUGCCAAAAGGGAAAAAACUCUUUCUCUACCUGAACAGUGCAGGGAGAAACAGAACCUUCUCCUCCAUCUGUGUGGACAACUUGCGAAACAUCGGAAUCAGUGCACAUAUAGAUGCAGGAAAAACGACUCUAACAGAGAGGAUUCUGUACUACACAGGGAAAAUAAAAAGCAUACAUGAGGUGAGAGGAAGUGAUGGAGUAGGAGCAACAAUGGAUUCAAUGGAUCUAGAAAGAGAAAAAGGAAUAACCAUCCAGUCAGCAGCAACGAAUUGUAACUGGCAUUUUAACGAUAAGAAGUUUACCAUAAACAUAAUCGACACACCUGGACAUGUCGACUUCACCAUCGAAGUGGAAAGAUCUCUCCGAGUCUUAGAUGCAGCGGUUCUUGUUAUUUGCGGAGUAUCUGGAGUGCAAAGCCAGACAUUAACAGUGAACAGACAAAUGAAUCGCUACUUCAUCCCCAGGAUAUUAUUCAUAAACAAGCUCGACAGAGAUGGUGCAAAUGUUGAAAGGACCAUGAAUACCAUCGAGAAGAAGCUAAAUUUGAAUACUCUCCUUUUGCAGAUGCCAAUUGGGAUUGAGCAGAGGUUUAAAGGAGUAUACGACCUUGUGUUGAGAAAGUGCUACUUAUUUAAGGGUCUAAAUGGGAUCACCGUGGAGGAAGUGAACGAUGCUGAGGUGAGUAUACACGAUCCAUCCUUCUCCCACGAAGUGAUGGAGAUGCUUAGAACCCGUAUGUUCGAAAAGCUAGCUGAUGUGGAUGACGAAUUUGCUGAUGUGUUUCUAAACCAGGAAGUUAACGACAUAAGGGCGGAAGAGAUCAUUCGCGCCAUACGCAGGUGCACCAUCAAGAAUGCCAUCGUUCCCAUCUGUCUGGGAAGCGCCAAGAACAACGUGGGCGUCCAGAUUCUGCUCAACUACGUGUGCAGCUUUCUGCCCUCCCCCCGGGAGGUGGGCAGCUACGGCUACGUCUACGAGGGGGGCGCGCACACAGGGGGGAGCGAAGCCAGUGCCGGCACUGCAGCCAGUACCGCCACUGCAGCCAAUGCAGCAAACUGCGCCCCCGCGCAGGGCAAAGGGCGAAGGCGUGUCGAGCUACAGUGCGACAGCACGCUGCCCAUGGUGGGCUUUCUGUUCAAAAUACAGGAGGACGCGAUGCACGGCCAAAUGAGCUACUUCCGCAUUUACCAGGGGAAGAUCAAAAAAAAGGACAACAUAAUGAACAUGCUAACGAGCAGAAGAGAAGUGGUAAAGAAGAUUUUAAAAAUGCACUCGAAUAUGGCCCAAGAAGUGAGCGAAGCGCAUGCAGGGGAUAUCGUUGCAAUUAAUGGGAUUAGCGGAUGCACAGGGACGACCUACACGAAUGGAGUCACGUCCAAUCUGCACCUCCUAAAUAUACAUGUGCCCAAGCCAGUCCUAUCCGUGGCAGUGCAGAUCGAGAAGAAAGGAGACAUGACUAAGCUGACCAAGGCAUUAAACAAGUUCGUCAGGGAAGACCCAACAUUUCACGUCAAAACGGAUGAGCAAACAAAGGAAAUUUUAUUCGAAGGAAUAGGGGAACUACAAUUGGAAAUCUACAAAGAGAGGCUAAAAAGGGAAUACGGCAUAGGGGUCCAGCUGAAGAAUCCCAAAAUAAACUUCAAAGAGACCAUUACCAAGCCGUAUGAAUGUACGUACACAUAUAAGAAGCAGAAGGGAGGUGCAGGACUGUAUGCACAUGUUCAUGCGAUUUUUGAAACGGUGUCUGAUGAUUACAAUGAGACAAGUUACUGCUCCUUUGUCAAUGAAGUGGUGGGAAAUGAUCUCCCAAAAAUUUUCAUUCUGUCAAUUGAGAAAGCCUUUAAAGAACAAGUGGAAAAAGGUUACCUGAACAGUUCAGAAAUUAUUAACAUGAAAAUGAGAUUAAUUGGAGGGAAGAUUCACGAAGUGGAUAGCAACGAUUUGGCAUUUAAAAGAGCCACCAUUCAUCUGAUUAGAGAAAACUAUCAGAACUUUGUUCCUGUCCUUCUGGAACCCAUUAUGGUUGUGGAAAUAAUUUCACACUAUGAACAUCAGAGCAGCAUCCUCACCAGCAUCACCAAGCGGAAAGGAUUAGUAACCAACAUCGUUAACCACAUGAACGCCGUUCAUAUUUAUGCCGACAUUCCCCUAAAGCAUAUGUUCAAUUAUAUCAAUGAGAUUCGCUCCAUUACACAGGGCCAGGGUACCUACACCAUGGAGUUCGCUCGGUAUGAGGAGGUCCCCAAGAGCGACUUGGACGAGAUCCAGCGCCAGGCGGGGAGCGGCAAUAGGGGUGGAUAA